UGGGCGACACUCAUCUUUGUCAGUGAACAAAAUGGCAUCUUACUGUUUGACUGUUACUAGGCUGCAGCUGGCCCUUGGAACUGGGGCAAGACGAUUUCAUGUGUCUGCAGCCUUCAGCGCCAAGGCCAAGGUGGCCAUGAGCCACUUUGAGCCCAGCUCCAGCAUUAACUAUGAGAAGAUGCAUGAGAACAUCAACACUGUACGCAGGAGGCUCAACAGACCUCUCACUCUGUCAGAGAAGAUCGUGUAUGGUCACCUGGACAAUCCAGCAGGGCAGGAGAUCGACCGUGGACGCACCUAUCUGCGUCUGCGUCCGGACCGCGUGGCUAUGCAGGAUGCUACAGCUCAGAUGGCAAUGCUUCAGUUCAUCAGCAGCGGCCUCCCUAGGGUGGCGGUUCCUUCCACCAUCCAUUGCGAUCACCUGAUUGAAGCUCAGAUUGGAGGGACUCAGGACCUGCAGAAGGCUAAGGAGGUGAACCAGGAAGUGUACAAUUUUCUUGCAACUGCUGCUGCCAAAUAUGGAGUUGGCUUCUGGAAGCCAGGCUCAGGGAUCAUCCAUCAGAUCAUCCUGGAGAAUUAUGCCUAUCCUGGAGUCCUGUUGAUUGGUACAGACUCCCACACUCCUAACGGCGGCGGCCUGGGUGGCAUCUGUAUUGGAGUGGGUGGAGCUGAUGCUGUGGAUGUCAUGGCUGGAAUCCCAUGGGAGCUCAAAUGUCCCAACGUGAUUGGAGUGAGACUGACAGGCACCCUGUCUGGUUGGACCUCUCCGAAGGACGUCAUCCUGAAGGUGGCGGGCAUCCUGACUGUGAAGGGCGGCACUGGAGCCAUUGUGGAGUAUCAUGGUCCUGGAGUUGACUCCAUCUCCUGCACCGGAAUGGCCACUAUCUGUAACAUGGGUGCUGAGAUCGGAGCCACCACAUCCGUUUUCCCCUACAACCACCGCAUGAGGACGUACCUGGAGAAAACUGGCCGUGGAGAGAUUGCCUCUGUGGCUAAUCAGUUUAAGGAUGACUUGGUCCCAGAUAAGGGCUGUGAGUACGACCAGGUCAUUGAGAUUAACCUGAGCGAGCUGAAGCCCCACAUCAACGGUCCAUUCACCCCUGACCUGGCCCACCUCGUGUCUGAGAUUGGGGCCAUUGCUAAGAAGAGCGGCUGGCCCCUGGAGGUUAAAGUCGGUCUGAUUGGCAGCUGCACCAACUCGAGCUACGAGGACAUGGGCAGAGCAGCUUCUCUGGCCAAACAGGCUCUGAAUAAAGGUUUGAAGUGCAAGGCCCAGUUCACAGUGACCCCUGGUUCUGAACAGAUUCGUGCCACUAUUGAGAGGGAUGGAUAUUCCAAGACCCUGAGCGAUGUUGGUGGAGUCAUGCUCGCCAAUGCCUGUGGACCCUGUAUCGGACAAUGGGACAGGAAGGACGUAAAGAAAGGAGAAAAGAAUACUAUCGUCACAUCCUUCAACAGGAACUUCACAGCCAGGAAUGACGCCAACCCGGCUACUCAUGCUUUCGUCACCUCUCCUGAGAUUGUCACCGCCUUGGCCCUUGCCGGGACCCUCGACUUCAACCCUGAGACUGACUACCUGACCGCUCCUAAUGGAGAGAAGUUCAAGCUAGAACCCCCCACCGGUGAUGAGCUCCCAUCCAGAGACUUCGACCCAGGCCAGGACACCUACCAGCAUCCCCCGGCCGAGGGCAGCUCAGUCCAGGUGGAUGUGAAUCCGUCCAGCAACCGUCUGCAGCUCCUGGAGCCGUUUGACAAGUGGCAUGGAAAAGACCUGGAAGACAUGAGGGUCCUCAUCAAGGUGAAGGGAAAGUGUACAACUGACCAUAUCAGUGCCGCCGGGCCCUGGCUGAAAUUCCGUGGUCACCUGGACAAUAUCUCCAACAACCUACUGAUCGGUGCAGUCAACAUUGAGAACGAUGCCGUGAACAAGGUGAAGAACCAGCUGACAGGAGAAUACGAAGGUGUGCCUGAUGUGGCACGCCACUACAAGGCCAGUGGGGUGAACUGGGUGGUGGUUGGAGACGAGAACUACGGGGAAGGGUCCAGCAGAGAGCACGCUGCCCUGGAGCCGCGACACCUGGGAGGACGCGCCAUUAUCGUCAAGAGCUUUGCUAGAAUCCAUGAGACUAAUCUGAAGAAGCAGGGCCUGCUGCCUCUGACUUUUGCUGACCCCCGCGACUAUGAAAGAAUUCGCCCUGAUGACAAGAUUUCAAUCACAGGCCUGAAGUCCUUCGCUCCUGGCAAGCCCCUGACAGCAGUGAUCAGGCACAGUGAUGGCAGUCAGGAGACCAUCUCUCUAAACCACACCUUCAAUGAGACACAGAUCGAGUGGUUCAAGGCUGGCUCCGCCCUCAACAGGAUGAAGGAGCUCCAGUAACUGGUGGCGAGGAGGGAGGCGGGGCCUGUAGGGGGCAUGAGGGGUCGAGGCAUGGGUUGAGAAGGGGAGAACCUAGAGAGGGGCUUCACAAAGAGGGAAAGAUGAUGUGGUAACCAGACUUGGGUUGGGAACCUCUGCUGUCCUGCUCUGUUAAAGAAAGAACACACAAACAAUCACACACAUACACAAGGUCGCUGUACAGAUGAAAAGCGCACAGACACGCUUGUGAGCACGUACAUGCACAGACAGGAUUACUGUGAAGCCCUCCCAGUCGACAGGCAGAAUUACACAAAUGCACUCACACAAACACACAUAGUCAAAGUUUAGCAGUGUGUCUAGAUGCAACAGCGUUCAUACUGGCAGCACUCCUCAGUUUGUUGAUUGGUCCAUCGUAGCAUCCAGCUGACCUUUUCAUACAGAGACUCUUCUUUUUCUACUGAACGAAGCAGUAUUUUCCUGUUUGUAACACACGGGUAUCACUGCUUUAUUUCUCUAAAGGGGGGGGACUCUGUCUAUCCUACUGAAACAGGCUUCUUGGGAGAAUGAACCUAAAAGCAUUAUUCAUAAUCAGCUUCACUGUGUGCCUUCUCUAGAAUCAGCCCCUGGAUUAAUAAAGAUAGAGAAACAUAUUUAAAAGUUAGUAAAGCAGUAACAAGUUAACAGCCUCAUACUGCAAAAUCCGCUCCAAGGCAAGAGAGCUCUUGUUCUCAUUAUACCUCCUCUUUAUUCCAUCCAAACAGCUUCAUAAGCAGAAUGAGUUGUUGAACUCACAUGAAUGUGCUUUGCCCUCAUUGUCCCCUAUCCAUUAUCUCAUGAGUCCAACUUACAUUUCUUCAGUCACUGUUGACUAGAGCCAUG